AUGUUGGAAUUAAUUAAGGUGGUGCUCCUUCUGUCUGUCCUGGUUUCAACGGCUCUGGGCCAAGGACCUGUGAGGACCAGGAGCCAGUCAGACCGGAGCAGGAGAGUGGCCCUCAACACGUUCACUGACACACAGACAACAGGCGUGACAGAGUGGACGUCUUGGUUCAACAUCGACCAUCCUGGAGGGAAUGGAGACUACGAGCGCCUGGAGGCGAUCCGUUUCUAUUACAGGGAGAGGGUUUGCGCUCGGCCCGUGGCCAUGGAGGCUCGCACUACAGACUGGGUGGCAGCGGCAGACACCGGGGAAGUGUUCCACUCCAGUCUGGAGAAGGGCUUCUGGUGCAUUAACAGGGAACAGCCCCAGGGCCGCAUCUGCUCCAACUACCAUGUCCGCUUCCAGUGUCCCCCAGUGCAGAGCUACUGGACCGAUUGGAGUGAGUGGGGUCACUGUUCAACCACGGUCUGUAACGACGUAGGCAUCCAGGUCCGCUCUAGGAAAUGUGUGAACACUCAGCCCAUGCCUCUCCUGCUGGUGCCAGCGUGCCUCGGGCACCACUCAGAGAGGAGGGAGUGCUCCAACCCGCCUUGUGCCGCCAAGUGGGGUCCGUGGGGUCGGUGGGGGACGUGUUCAGCGACCUGUGGUGGUGGUCGCAGGAUACGGAGGAGGAACUGUGAGAGGCCCUCAGAGUCAGUUCAUUGUACUGGGCGGCCUGCUGAAAUACAGAAGUGUGGGAAGAGUCCAUGCCCAGCCAAAUGUCAGCUCGUGUGCACCGAGGGCCGCCCCAGUGAGGACUGCAGCCGCUGUACGUGUGACGACCACGUUCUGCACGGAGAAGUCCGCAGUGUGACUGGUGUUCCUGUAGCAGAAGCCUGGGUGGCACUGGACAGCCAGCCCAAGGUGAUCCGUGCCCUCACAGAUGCCAAAGGUCAGUUCAGGCUCACGGGAAUCUGCUCCUCCAGCUCCACCUUGAUCUCCAUCAGGAAGGAGAAGUUUGCCCCGAUCUCCAUCCCCACCUCCAGUAACAGCACAGGGUUGUCCUGGGUACGAGCCGUCCUCAAAUCAGCCGAAAAGCCGUACAUUGUGAAGCACCCGGAGGACAAAGUGCGUUAUGAGGGAGGACGGGUGAUGUUUUGCUGCAAGGCAACGGGAUCGCCAACACCUGACAAAUACUACUGGUACCACAAUGGGACUCUUAUGGACAGGAAGGUCUUCAAGUAUGAAGAGGACCUUGUACUGUGGAACCUGAAGCCGGAGCAGUCUGGAUAUUACUUCUGCAAGACCAGCAGCUCUGCAGGCAGCAUCAAGUCCUCUCCAGCCCUCCUCACUGUAAUCGCAAAAGGAAAGCCAGCGUGCAAUUCCACGCCUGAAACGCACCUCAUCAGACUGCCGAUGGACUGCGUUCAACCCGGGACUGACUCCAUGCACUACAACGCUGGACGCUGCCCUUACAACAAAUGCGCCGGCUCCCUAGACUUUGAUAUGCGCUGCAGAGACGAUACCGGGUUCUGCUGCGGGGUCCAAAACACGGAGAGCCGAAUCAUCGACUGUGGGAGCUACAGCCUCCCUAUCCGCGCUGUGACUCACUGCAGCUGUCAGAAGUGUCUGCAGCCCACCGUACUGGUUCGUGGCAGAGUGGUCACAGCUGACAACGAUGAGCCUCUGCGUUUCGGGCACAUCUACAUUGGUAAAGAGAGGGCCGGCACCACUGGAUACCAAGGAGGGUUCACGUUGCAAAUUCCUCCUGAUACACAGAGAUUAGUGGUCAAUUUUGUUGACCCCACUGAGAAGUUUCUCGACACUCCUAAGGUGUUCAUCCUCGAUAAGAAAGGGGGUUCCAUCUACCACAAUGUGAAGGUGAUGAGAAAGAAGACACCAAUUGACAUCAAUGCAGGAGAGACCAACUCCAUUGACCUUGGAGAAAUUGAAGGCGAAGACCCCAUUGGUCAGUUGGUUAUUCCUCCCAACUCCUUCCACAAGGACAACGGAGAAAUCUAUGAGGGAACUGUGAAAGCCAGCGUCACAUUCAUUGACCCAAGAAAUAUCACCACGGCGGCCGCAGCCCCUGGCGAUCUCAACUUUGUGGACGGUGAGGGCGACAUGCUCCCUCUGAGGACCUAUGGCAUGUUCUCGGUGGACUUCAGAGAUGAGACCAACAAGGAGGUACUCGGAGCUGGAGCUGUUCAAGUUCUCCUCGACACGCAGCACGUCAAGAUGCCCGAGCACAUUCCCAAAAUGAAACUGUGGUCUCUCAACCCGGACACGGGAGUCUGGGAAGAGGAGAGUGACUUCUCCUACACCAGGACGACUGCUGGCGGUCAUGGGCGGAGCAAACGAGAGGAACGCACGUUCCUCAUAGGCAACAUGGAGAUCAGAGAACGGAGGCUCUUCAAUCUAGACGUGCCUGAAAACAGACGCUGCUACGUCAAAGUCCGUGCCUACAUGAGCGACAAGUUCCUAUCUAGUGAACAGCUGGAGGGCGUUGUGAUCAGCUUGAUAAAUCUGGAACCUAAACCUGGAUAUUCCUCUAAUCCGAGGGCAUGGGGCCGCUUUGACAGCGUCAUAACCGGAUCCAACGGAGCUUGUUUACCAGCUUUCUGUGACGCCCAAAGGCCAGAUGCUUACACAGCUUACGUCACUGCAAUGAUGGGUGGAGAAGAACUGGAGGCAGCUCCCUCCUCGCCCAAAAUGAAUCCAAACAUCAUAGGAGUGUCCCAGCCUUAUCUGGAUAAAAUAGACUACCAGCGCUCAGACCACGAUGAUCCGGCUCUGAAGAAAACGGCCUUCAAAAUCAACUUGGCAAAGCCUAACCAAAAUAAUUUUGAUGAGACCAAUGGGCCAAUAUAUCCGUAUCAGAAUUUAUUAAGUUGUGAAAAUGCCCCCACUGAUGCAAAUCAUUUCAGAUUCUUCAGAGUGGAAAAGGACAAGUACGAAUACAACGUUGUUCCCUUUGAGGAGAACGAUUUGACGACCUGGAUGGGAGACUACCUCUCCUGGUGGCCUAAUCCCCAGGAGUUCAGAGCAUGCUUCAUUAAGGUCAAGAUCAUUGGGCAGAAGGAAGUGAUGGUCAGGUCGAGGAAUCUCGGGGGAACGCACCGAGAAACAAAAGGCAAACUUUACGGCAUACGAGACAUCCGCAGCACCCGGGACAUGCGAGAAGCCAACACCUCAGCGGCCUGUCUAGAGUUCAAAUGCAGCGGCAUGUUGUUCGAUCAAGCUGAGGUAGACAGAUCUAUCAUAUCUGUGCUUCCACAGGGGAACUGUCGCAGGACCAGCACCAACAGCCUCCUCCAAGAGUACCUGAUCAAACAUCCACCAGUGGCUCAAAACAACGAGUCCCAUGGAUUCACCAUGCUGGCCCCCGUGGAUCCUUUGGGACACAACUACGGCAUCUACACAGUCACAGACCAGAACCCCAGGGUGGCCAAGGAGAUCGCUAUUGGCCGCUGCUUUGAAGGCACCUCGGAUGGUUUCUCCAGGGAGAUGAAGACGGACUCUGGAGUGGCGCUGACCUUCAGCUGUCCAGAGAGGAAAAUUAACAGGGAGAGCCUUUUCCAACGCCUGCAGACCAACCCGGCUCAGACUCUGUCGCAGAUGGCGAGGAGCAUGAGGGAGUCGGACGGUAUGGAGGUGCAGGGAUUAUCGACCCGGGUGGUGGCCUAUCCUUCAGAGCAGCAGGGCAGGACCCAGAGUCGCAGAGUCACCUCCACAACCAGAAGAAGAGUGCCCAUGCGCACGCAGCAACGGCAAUAGAUGUUUCAAGCUCUUCCGUCAAGAUCGGUAUGACGACGUUGAAUCAAGGAAGUAAAAGUUGCC